AGUAAAUCAAACAGCUUUAAAAUGAAAAUCAAAAUACGUUCGUGUGGCAUGAAUAUGAUAAAAUAUACUCUAUUUAUAUUUAAUGUCGUAUUUGCGAUAUCUGGCCUAGGUAUAUUAAUUGCUGGCGCUGUUGUACUGGCCGACGUCAAUCAAUUCAGCCACUUUGUUGAAGGCAAAGUUACGGCACCACCAAUUGUUUUGAUAGUGACUGGUCUCAUUAUUUUUCUCAUUGCCUCGUUGGGUUGUUUUGGAGCAAUCAAGGAAUCACCAACUCUACUGCUGGCGUUUGCGCUGCUCUUGGCUAUUAUUUUCAUAAUCGAGUUGGCAGUCGGCAUUGCGGCCAGUGUCUUCAAGAGUGAUUUGGAAAUGGCCAUCAAGAAUUCACUGCAAGAUUCGAUCAAACGUUCGAACAAGGACGACAUGAUGGCCUGGGACAAUAUCCAACGUAAAUUGAUGUGCUGUGGCGUUGAUUAUCCCUCGGAUUGGCGUACAAUGAGCGCCAAUAAAACCCUACCGGCUAGUUGCUGUCAUCCCGAAUUCAUUGAAGAGAGUGUGGGUCAUUGCACCGAAUCACCGGCACUGGGCAAAGACAAAUAUUUCCAGGAGGGCUGUGUUGGCAAACUGAAGCAGCGCAUUGACAAAAAUGCGGUUAUUUUAAUUGGUGUGGGCAUUGGCAUUGCCUUCAUACAAAUAUUGGGCAUUGUAUUGGCCUGUUAUUUGGCUUCCACAAUACGACACGAACGCAACCAAUAAAUGAUUACCGGACCUAUUUGGACAACGAUUGCUGCGUCAUCAUCUAAGAUUACACUACC